UGGGGGUGGGGGGGAGGGAGGACCUAUGUAAUACUUUCAACAAUAAAGAUUAAAAAAAUAGCCUACAUCUCCUCCUCACCCCUGCUUUGGAAUGCUUUAAUUAGAAAGAUACUAAUGUAGAUUAAAGUCUUAGCCGUACUAGAUUCCUCCCUUGACCUGAGGAAAACCAGGACCAUUGAGAACCUGCUAUGUGACUAGACAUUGUCAAAGGUUUUCUCCAAGUACUGUACACCACUGAGCUUAAAGAGAGCACCCAGAAAGUGGACUGUAUGUAAGAGAAGGCGACCCAUCACAUUGAUGAUGUGACCUAUAUGUCCCUACCAUCAGGAUGGAAGCACCGAAAAGUGGCCAGAGCAUCACUUCCAUGCAGGCAUGCACCAUUUCAGUGCAGAAGGCUGGGAGAAUCUUCCAGAUGUAAAUUAAGGACCCACUGGCAGUCCCUUUGGACUUGCCACAGUUAAGUGUUUUUGUAUGGGACACAGUAACCACCAAAGCAGGACAGAAUCCAAGCAAAUCAAAGGCGAAUCCUUGCAUAGCGCAAAGUCCAAUAACAUAAAAUGAUGGAUCAACGGAUUAUUUUUGCUUAAUGAAGCAUUUUGGGUUUUGAGUCUCAUUGGACUUGCUUUUCAAUAGGACAUGCUCUGGGCUAGAAUUUGGAAAUUAUACUACAGCCAUAUAAUGUCAGACUAAUUUAAUUGAAGAACUCUGGAUGUGCUUAGCAUAAUAUAAAACUUAGAAGUGGGUGAGGAGGGAGGGUAGGAAAUGGGAAGGAUUUUUCCCUCUGAAAUUAGCUUAGUGUAUUAAUUCAGAAAGUAGUUGGUUCCAUCUGAUUGUAGGCUUCCAUAAUCUGAACCAUCUGCCCCUGCAUCCGAGGUAGCUCGCCUCUAAUCCAGCUUACAGCCGCAAACCACUCUUCUCCAUCAGGACGCCCUUGAGGACAUGAGGCCCUGCAAAGCCCUUUGCUCUUAAAGGCCUGGCUGUCAUUGAAGAUAUUUGGAGAGUUUGUCUUUUUUCUCUUCUUCAGGUUUAGUCUGAGUUUUUGGGUUUCUUUUUCUGGAGCAGAAACAAUGGCUUUCUUUAUGAAAACUAUGAUAAGUAACCAGGUAAAGAAUUUAGGAUUUGGUGGCAGGUCUGAAGAAAAUAAAGAAGAAGGAGGGACCUCGGAUGCUGCCACAGCUCAAGGGAUGACCAGAGAGGAAUAUGAGGAAUAUCAGAAGCAAAUGAUCGAGGAUAAGAUGGAAAGAGAUGCUUCAUUUACACAAAAAAAGGCAGAGAGGGCAUGCCUCCGAGUUCAUCUCAGAGAGAAGUAUAGACUUCCAAAGAGUGAAAUGGAUGAGAACCAAAUCCAGAUGGCUGGAGAUGAUGUGGAUUUGCCCGAAGAUCUCCGAAAAAUGGUAGAUGAAGAUCACGAGGAGGAAGAAGAUAAGGAUUCUAUUCUGGGGCAGUUACAGAAUCUUCAGAACAUGGACUUGGACACCAUAAAAGAAAAAGCCCAGGCCACAAUCACAGAAAUCAAGCAGACGGCAGAGCAGAAGUGUUCUGUGAUGUGAAGGGCGGGCGAGGCUGUAGAAGGGGACCAGGUCAAGGUGGAGGUGACCACUCUCCUACGGAACGUCUUGAGCAGCACAUAUUCAAUAUGGUGAGCAGGGUUAGAAAAACCGUGAUGGCAAAACUCUCUACAAACACGUAGACAACAACUUAAUGUUCUAAUUGUUCCUGGUAGAAUGUUUAGCUAGGACCUGGCAGCAGAAAAUGAUACGUUCCUUUUAGCUAUAAAUAUGGCUAACAUGAAAUUUCAGCUGUGAAUGACAUAGAACACAUACCUGCUUAAAGAUCUUCAGGACAGCCAGAAAGAAAUAAAAGCAAAUGGAAUUUUCUCUUUGAUUUCCUUCCUUAGAGGUCAAAUUCUCACCUAGUCCAAUCAUUAGCAUGACUCCAGAGCCCUUCAGAGAAAGAUGUGGAAGGUCAGGGUGCCACCAGGAGCCCAGGCUGCAGGCUCAUUGGCAGGCAAAGACCACACCACCCCCACUCCCAGGCUCCUUGACAUUGUUGAUGCUUUUCAUCAAGUGUGGCACUUGGACAGUUGGAAGCCAAGGGGCAGUAGUGGGGAUGUGGUAAAAGAUGAGGUACGAAGGCAGAGAACAGACUUCAUCAGCCCUUAGCCUUGUAGAGCAUCAUAGGAACCUCAUGAGUGGACCAUACAAUAUUUGUCCUUUCCUGACUGGCUUAUUUCACUUAGCACAAUGUCCUCAAGGUUCAUAUCUGCUGUAGCAUUGUAUUAUAAGUUCUUUCCUUUUUAAGGCUGAAUAAUAUUUCAUUGGAUAUAUAUGCCACAUUUGGCUUAUCCAUUCAUCCCAUCCAUGGACACUUAGGUUGCUUUCACCUUUUGAUGAUUGUGAAUAAAACUACUAUGAACAUGAGUAUACAAAUAUCUAUUCUAGUUCCUGCUUUCAAUGUUUUUAGUGACAUUUUGUGGAAUGCCACAAGAAGUGGAAUUGCUGAAUCAUCCUUAGGUUUUUGUCUACAUUAGAAAUAGCAGUUUGGAUACAAAUAAUAUUAAAUGUAAAACUGUAAUUAAAAAAUAGAAAUUUAAAUAAAUAUAAUAUUAGAAAUAUUCAAACUUCUAAAGUAACACUAAGUUAAAAGAUAUCACAAUGGUAAUUCAAAAAUGUUCUUACCUCAGUAGUGAGGGGAAUACCAGGAGCUUCUCUGAGUUGUUGGCAGAGUUUUAUUUAUUCACUUGUGUAUAGGUCUAGCUACAUAAUUUGUGGGGCCUAGUGAAAAUGAAAAGGCCAUGGCUGGCUCUGAAGUCAGUGUAACCUCCUUUCAAAGGGAUGUUGAGUGGGAGCCAGAUGUGCUUCUAGAUGCCAAGGAAAAAGUUGUUGAAGAGAAAUUAUGAAUUUUAAUAUUUACAGUAAAGCAUUAAACUAAGGAUAGGAUCCUUCUAAAGGUGUUUCAACACCCAUGAAGCUCUCUAUUCACUUUGUAAUGAUUCACUGAGGUGUAAUUUAUGUUUUAAUCACUUUUCUCUAUAUGUGCUA